AUGGAGAAGCGGGGCUCUAAGGAUCUUGCAGGGCCCAAACAGGGUGCUAGGCCUGUUGUGGGGGUCCCUGCUGCAAACCCGUCACAAGCUGAAAGAGAAGAAGAAGAGGGUCUAAAUGCAGUUAGCAAUAAACUGUUUCGUUGUGCAAAGGUCCGGCACUGGCUUCCACUGGCCUACAGAGAGGAGCUGUUUCAUGUCUUAAGGCUCACAGGUCCACUGGUGCUGUCACGAAUUCUCAAUUUCCUUCUGCCUUUUGUUAACACCAUUUUCUGUGGACACAUUGGCAAUGCAGAGCUGGCUGGAUAUGCACUGGCCUCGGCAACCAUUAAUGUCACCACAUCUGCGACGGGCCUGGGUCUGGCUUUGGCCUGUGAUACACUUAUAUCUCAGACAUUUGGCAGUAAAAACAUGAAGCGAGUGGGGACCAUCCUUCAGAAGAGUUCAGUGAUUUUGCUACUGUUCUGUCUGCCAUGUUGGAGCAUUCUUAUAAACUCAUACCACUUAUUGAUCGCCAUGCACCAAGAGGAGGAAGUGGCCAGAAUAGCACAGCUCUAUGUGAUGAUCUUUCUACCUGCUGUUCCUACCAUGUUUCUGCAUCAGCUACAAGUGGCAUACCUACAAAAUCAAGGGAUCAUUCUGCCUCAGUUGUACACUGCUGCUGUCGCAAACAUUUUUAACUUGGGCUUCAACUAUGUCCUAAUCUUCAGCCUUAAGUUGGGUGUCAUAGGAUCAGCCAUCGCCAGCGCUCUUUCUUGGAUCACCAUUUGCCUGCUAUUAUUUGGCUACAUCAGAUGGAGAAAGUUGCAUGAACAGACUUGGGGAGGCUGGUCCACGGACUGUCUCCAGGACUGGGGCUCUUACAUGAAACUAGCCAUUCCCAGUGCAUUCAUGACCUGCUUUGAGUGGUGGAUUUGGGAGAUUGGUGGUUUCCUGGCUGGUGUGCUUGGUGAGCGGGAUCUUGCUGCACAACAUGUCCUGUUGGAGAUUGGGGCCAUCACGUACAUGUUCCCUCUUGGUGUUCAUGCAGCGGCCUGUGUUCGGGUUGGUAACGCUCUUGGGGCUGGAGAUACAAAUCAGGCCUUAGUGACCUGCAAAGUUGCCCUGGUCCUGUCAGGGGCUCUUGCUGUGCUGCAAGGCAUUGUUCUAACAGGAUGCAAGUCUGCCAUUGGCUUCAUAUUUACCUCAGAUGAGACCAUUGUGGACAUGGUCUCAAAUAGCCUCACAGUCUACAUUUUUGUUCAGUUCUUCGAUGCACUUCUGUGUGUCUGCUCAGGGAUCCUUGUUGGAGCUGGGAUGCAGAAAAUUGCAGCUGUGUCCAACUUGGUGGGCUACUAUGUCAUAGGUUUGCCUGUCGGGGUUGCACUCAUGUUUGCUGCUGAUUUAAGAAUAUUAGGUCUAUGGUUGGGUCUUUUUGUCUGCGUUCUGCUUGAAGUGGGAUUCUUCCUUGUUCUGAUCUUCAAACUCAAUUGGAAGAAGGUGACACAAAAGGCUCUUCACCGAGCUGGUAAGAAAGUACUGGUGACAAGUAACCGUCCGAUGAGCACAGUGCUGACAGAGGCAACAGUUCCUGAUCUAAGUGAUGAACCAAUGGUGGAGAAUGAGGAUGCAACUAAAGGCGAUGGCUACAGUCCUGUCAAGACUCUGGACCAAGAGGAAAAACCUGUAAAUGACAUUAACAAUCAAACAACAUCUGACAACAAAAUCCCUCUUGACUCUGAAACUGACGCUGCUCUGUCAGUCUCUCAGCUCAUACUGCGUAGAGGAUUCACUUUGCUGAUUUUAAUCCUCAUGUUGUUGAUAGGCAUUGCUUUCUACAUUACAUUCCCACCACCAGACUUUGUUAUGCCAUCACGGGCCAACUUUACACUAAACUGGGCCAAUGGGACCACUCCUGCACCUGUGGAUGUCAUAACUCACUCGUAACUUUUCUGUUGGGAUCUUUCAUUUCCCUGGGACUUUCACUGUGGCAGCUGCAGUGUGCACGGCUGAACAAGUCCGACACAAAGCGGCAUCAAAAUGGGUUCCUGAGGAGAGGAGCAAGACUGCAAGAAUCAAAGCGUUUUCUACAAAGAUGAUGUUGUAACACAGCACAUGAGGUGCUCAGCUGGGAAUAUAAGAAACAUUUACAAAUCCCUCGCCACAGGGAGAUGUGGGCAACAGGCAGCAGAUGUUCCCACACAGAUAGCUUUCGAACCUGAUUCAUGUUACAAUGUGACAUAUCAUUGCUGACCCUAAAUCAUUUAUUUUUACUUUUCUAUUAUUUGAAUUAAAUAUUGAUGUAAGACAUAUGGAAGAUGAUGUAUUUCCACUGGUUAAAUGUCAUAAUUCUGCUAAUGUAACUGAAAAGGCUAUAUAUAUGUUAAUAUAUAUUUUACCUUUAAGUUAAUCAUGAUUUAGAACUACCUCAUGGUUUAUAGUCUUAUUUUAGAUCUGGUUCAGGACAAAUUAAAGAUCUAUCCACAUUUGACCUGAGAUGGUCCUGGUUUGAGACCAGUUUUGUCCUGAUGUAUACUUGGUCUAAUCCUACUCUAGUCCCGGUCUAGUCAUUGUGUAUUCCUGCUAGUUCUGAUUUUAGUCUCAGUUUAGUCCCAGACUAUGUGAAAAUGUGAAUGCACACUUAGGCCUGAUAUAAUCCAGAUUUAAAUUUGAGGUACUCUUUUAAUUCUCAUUGACAGACUGACACGCAAUACUACAAUCUUGCUUUUUAUAUCACUAAUUUAAUGUAUUUUUUCUGGCAUAUAAUAAAUGUAUGCGUCCUGCUGUGCC